GCUGGGACGUUCAUGAGAAUAUUUGCAGUAACUAUGCGCUCAAAUUGGGAAGGGUUCCGCGCGGAUUGUUGCAACAUUGGGCCAGAAGAGUAAGUGAGAAUGGACAGAUGAGAAGAUCCAGUUCAAGUCGUGCGACGCAGGAGUGCGAUUUUGUCAAGAAGGGGCAGCCUUGUUGUGCCUUGUUGUGCCGAAUGGAGAACUCAGCAAGGGAUGGGCUCCAUGGGAAGGGCACAAAAGUUUUGACGCUGUCAGGGGAUUCUUUGUUUGGCUAUUUGGAUAUUAUGGGUUUUUUUUUCUUCUUCUUGUCCUUUGAAGCAUGUGAGUUUGAAAUAGAGCAGGCGAAAUAAAAGUUUCGGCAAAAAAGUAAAGUUGAUUAGACCCGAAACGGAGUCGGAGCCAGUGAUCGCCACCUCAGCUUUAGGUAUCGACCUCUCCGUGUCCAUCGGUUGCAGGAAGCUGACCUGGUAUCUUCUUAAAACACUUCUCAUCGUUUUCCUCUGUCAUGAUAAACUAUUAUGGAUCUGUCCCAAGCGUCGCUUUAUUUAAGCUGAUCACCAUGGCCCAAGUGCUGACAGCUGAAACAUGAACCCUGUGCUCCUUUAACAAGAGACAUGGACUUUGCCAAGGUUGAACUCAGCGCACUGACCACCAGCAGAGAAGAGGCAUGAAAGAAAAGCCAAAGCUGAAUGUCAUUUCCCUCCCGUUUUGAAAUGACCGGAGCUGAAACACCCCGGCACUGAACGUGGGACGCGUGGAAUAACCGCCUUGCGCAGGGGAAGGGAUGGAGCACCGACUCAGCCUUGACUCCAGACUUCUUGCGGAGGGCUCUUCACUUGAAGUGUCACGCCGCUCCUAAGCGCAUCACAUCUAAUCUGUGACAGGUUCCCUUUCUUCGGUGCAGCUUUUCCCGUGUUCUCUGUCACUCCUGCCUGCCAGGGUUAUGCUUCUGUGACAAUGCUGCGCCUCCCUGUGAAGAAGAUUCGGAAGCAGUUCAGACUUCUGCUCCUGUUGGUCCUGCUCACUUUUGCUGUCUGGUUCACCUACCUGCAUAUCAACCAAGGCAAAGCAAUCAAAGUCCAUAUCAGUUAUGGAAAAGAUGUGGAGAAGCAGACGAGGGGGAUGGAGAUGGGCCAUAAGAGGAACCCACUGGCCCCACCGGGUCGGCGCACGAGUGACGACGCCGGCGACAGCCGCGAGGUCAACCCUGCUGAGGAUGAGCCCAACGCAUUCGGGGAGGAGAGCAGAGAUGCACUGGAGAUCAGGAAGUCCCUAAGCCAGAAGGAGAGCAAGUUGCCAUGGAAACCAGAGUACAAAGGCCAGGCCAACCUUCAUGUGUUCGAGGACUGGUGUGGUUCCUCUGUGGCUCAGCUCCGAAAGAACCUCCACUUCCCUCUGUACCCCCAUCUGAGAACCGCGGUGAAAAAGCUAGCGGUGGCUCCCCGAUGGAAGAAUUAUGGCCUCCGAAUAUUUGGUUUCAUCCACCCCUACAGAGAUGGGGAUUUCCAAUUUGCCGUGUCUUCAGAUGACAACUCAGAGUUUUGGCUGAGCUCCGAUGAGAGCCCCCUCAAUGCCCGGCUACUGGCGUACGUGGGAAGGCUGGGAUCAGAGUGGACCGCUCCAGGGGAGUUCAGCAAGUUCAGAUCUCAGUCCUCCAAACCCGUUCACCUCAUCUAUUCCCGGAGGUACUACUUUGAGGUUUUGCACAAGCAAGAUGACAAGGGUUCGGACCACGUAGAGGUUGGGUGGCGUCCUUUUCUGCCCGGCCUGAAGUAUGAGGUCAUCGACUCCUCAUACAUCUCCCUUUACACGGAUGAGUCGGGUUUGAAGAUGAACGGCGUGGGUCACAUCCCGCAGACCCUGGCCAGUCACAGCCGGACACCGCGGGAGGUGUGGCCCAUUAGCCGCCACGGGGCAGAUAUGCUGAGGCCAGACCCCCGGGACACCUUCUUCAGCAUUCCCAUGAUCGAGCCAUCCCGCCUCGACAACCUGCUGCCUCCCUGUGCCUAUUCUCCCUCCUACGUGGUGAAGGACUUCCCCAUCGCCCGCUAUCAGGGCUUGCAGUUUGUAUACCUUUCCUUUGUUUACCCCAAUGACUUCACCAGGCUCACACACAUGGAGAGGGAGAACAAGUGCUUCUACAGAGAAUCACCCAUUUAUCUGGAGAAGUUUGGCUUCUACAAGUACAUGAAGAUGGAUGAGGAAGAGGAAGAUGGGCCGUAUUUCUUCGCCCACCCAGAUGAUUUUCUUGAGGAGGAGCAGGGGGCCGAUCCAGCGGAUGAGCCCGUAGGGCAAGAUGCUCAAGAAGAUGAGAGAAGGAACAACAGCAGUCUCCCCAGUCACAGUCCCAGUGGUUUACUGGGCAGUUCAUCCCCAGUUUUGGCUUUCAAGCUAGAGGAGAAAGAAGAGGAGAAAAGUCAUGGCCAGCUUUGGUCACAUUUCUCCUUGGUGGGCCCCAAGCAGGGGUCAAAUAGGGUGAAGCUGCCCAGCGAAGGACCAAGUCAACCAUGGAGUCAGCAUCAGGAAGAUGGCAACACUCUGCAGCAGCCAAACACAGUACGUGGCCGUACCCUCUCUUGGGCCCAUACGGGCCCUGAGGAACCGAGCCGAAAAGAAAGCCCAGAGGAACCACCAAAACCCAAUAAAUCGGCUCUGUUGUUUUACCAAAAAAGUGCCUUCCCUGCCCCGGCCAGCAAAUCCAAGCAGGCCCUCGGGAACUCCUCCCGUGCUGACCGCAGACCAGUGGCUGCCUCCAGAAAGCCACGUGCAAGUAACGCUCGCUUUGGGACGAGGAGCAAAGAGGACAAGGUAUAUGUCACCAGGCCCCGAGCAUCCGGCAGCAGAAGGAAUGUUGUUUUCCAGCAUCCGAAGGAGGUAUUCCCAGGGGUCUUCCUGUAUCACAAUGGUAAGACAACCAAGCUUAUAAACUUGAGAACAAGGCCGAAAAGGAACAGAGGACUGAGUCGAGGCCCAAAUCUGUUGCCCAAGUCCAGUCUUAGGGAAACCAGGGCUUCCUUGUUGGGCGGCACUUUCACCCAGACUGCAGGUCAUAAGGCCUCUGCCAGGGUGGCAUUAACUCACCAUCAACAAAGUAGAAAAGAGGAGUCCCAGUCAAAGGGAGAGAAGAAACCAGCCUCCACCGUCAGAACUCAGAACAUCAGCUCUGUCCUGCUUGACUGGGAGCCUCCUCCGACCACUCCAGCAGGUGUCACAGCUCCAGGCCUCAACUCCUCGGUGAAGAGCAUCCCUACAGCUUCCAGCAUCACCUCUUCUUUAAAGAGCCCGGAAGCCACCGCAUCCCAGCAGGAGCCGGAUCCGGACGAGGGGCCCGAGGAAGGAGGUCUGUCUGACUACAGCUAUGAGGAAGCAGACCCCCGACCGGGCUGGGCGGAGGAGGCCAUCAACUGGCAGCGUACCUUCUCAGUAAAUACCAUGGACUUCGAGCUGCUGCGCUCCGACUGGAACGACCUGCGCUGCAACGUGUCCGGCAAUUUGCAGCUAGCAGAGAGCGAGGUGGUGGACGUGCUGGCGCAGUACAUGGAGAAGCUCAAUGAGCACAAUGGCGGGAUUUACACCCUGCUACGUAUCAUCAACGUGGAGAAGCGGAGGGACUCAGCACGCGGGAAUCGCUACCUCAUCGAGCUGGAGCUGAUGGAGCGCGGGAAGAGGGUGGUGCGCCUCUCAGAAUAUAUAUAUCUCCUUCAGCACCCAGGGCAGAUGGAGGACAGCCUGGAGAAUGGCGAGGGCACAGGCGCCUCUGCCCCUGCCCCGCUGAACUCCACGGGGCCAAGCGGUCCCUCUCCCACUGUGCCGGGCACCUCUCCCCGUGCCACGUGGCCAGGCAGCACACCCUACGCCAAACCUCUGCUCUGCCAGCCUACCACACUGAAGUGGAGGCACAGUGUAAUGGUGCACUUUGUGGUUCCAGUGAAAAAUCAAGCUCGCUGGGUCCAGCAGUUCAUCUCUGACAUGGAGCUUCUGCACCUGGAGACCAAGGAUGACAACUUCAGCAUCAUAAUAGUGGACUUCCAGAGUGACGAUAUGGAUGUGGAGCAGGCCCUGAAGGACAGCACGGUGCCCAGAUAUGAAUACCUGAGACGUGAGGGGAAUUUUGAACGUUCGGCGGGCUUGCAGAUUGGAGUGGACUCUAUUAAGGACAGCCAUAGUAUUGUGUUCCUGUGUGACCUACACAUACAUUUCCCCCUCAACAUCCUGGAGAGCAUCAGGAAACACUGCGUGGAGGGCAGCUUGGCCUUCGCCCCCAUCGUCAUGAGACUGGGCUGUGGUAGUUCCCCGCAGGAGCCCGAUGGGUACUGGGAAGUAAAUGGCUUUGGCUUGUUUGGAAUUUACAAGUCAGAUUUCGACAAGGUUGGGGGCAUGAACACAGAGGAGUUCAAAGACAGGUGGGGAGGAGAGGACUGGGAGCUGCUGGACAGGGUCCUGCAGAACGGCUUGGAAGUGGAGCGGCUCAGGAUGAGAAACUUUUUCCACUAUUACCACUCCAAGCGUGGCAUGUGGAACGCUCAGAUGAAGAAGGGCCCCAAAGGGUAGCCUGCCUGGGGUGGGGUCGUAUUGUGUGCCAUGAAGGUGGAGAGGAAAAUGCAAAUGAUCCCCGGGGCUGACUCAGAUCUGGCCCUCUUUCUCAGUGUGCUUUUGACACAGCCCAUCUGAGGACCCAGAAGACUUUUCCCAUGGCGGCCAAGAGCUUGACUGCUCAUGUAUGCCUGGUCCUCUCUUCAGCUGCACUCCUUACAUUGAAGAACUCAAAUGUGAGAGACAAGAGGCUUUACAAGCAGUGCAAUUGCUCUUUGUUUUAGGUGACAACUAAUAGACUGAAGUGACUCCUUUUGUAUGAAGUAGUAGGAACUUAUAACUUUUUUCUAAAAUAAUUUUUCAGUAAAAUAAGUACGAAGAAAUAUACUUGUAGUUAAGAAUUUUUGGGGGGAUUUAAAACUCUUAACGGGUCUUUUCAUUUGCAGUCAAAUAUAUAUAGAUGUGAUAAAAGGAAAAAGGUGGAAAAAAAUCAAGCAUAGGGUGCAGCUUUUGUGGAGUUAGUGGUUUUUACGAUUUAGUAACGGAUUCCAUGUGUUCCGCCACACACUGGCCUCAGACAAGUCUCUGAGAACCUCUACAAAUGAGUUUUGUAUUUCAGGGUACCCUGAAUUACUGCUCACAGGAAUUUACAAAUUUCAGAGUGAGCGGCACUGAGUGCAGAGUCCGAAUUAGCAUUAUUAUGUCCUUUGCUUCUUUCACCUUCUCAUCCUACAUACUGAAGUGACGCAGGUACCAGCACCUGAACCUGCUUGUAAGGAUCGGUCCCAAGUCAACUCUGUUUGGAAAAUAUGUUUUAAAGUUGCACAAAGCUUAGAAAGGCGUCAUGCGUGUUUACGGCGGUGAGCCGAUAGGACUUAGUUUGUAAAACCAUAUAUACUAAUGUUUACGGGGAGCCUAUGAGCUAUCUGGCGCUUUAAGACGUGUUCACGUGUUGGUUUGUUCUGUUGCAAAUCCAGCUAAUGCAACUGCACCGUGUUUUUGAAGUUGUUACAUACCGACAUUGGAAAUAGAUGAUGAACAGCACAAGUUGAGGUGGCAAACUCUUAUACUUGACAGCUGCAGCAUCUGUGGGUUUUAAUACUUUAAAUCAAUUAGUGUAAACCUGGAAGAACAGGUGUUUAGCUGUCUGCCUAUUGAAAUACUGUAAGGGCUUCCAAGAGCCGAAAAUAAAUUGAGGCAACACAAAACCCAACGCAUCCUGUGGCUCUGGGGGUCACAAACACUGGAGAGGAGACCGGAAGAGGGGUCCCGGUAGAAUGGGGGCGACACGUAAGUAUCUAGUGGAAGUGUGGAUGCUCCUUCUAAUGUAUUUUUCACUUGAAAACGUAGUGGCCUAAUACAUCUUGUACUGUUCCUUAUUGUGUCAUGGACAUAAACAGGUACUACUGGUGGGUGUGCAUAUUUAUACAUGUCUGUUAGCUGUAUUAUCUACUUGAUGAGCUAUGCUGCGUAUGCACAAGUUAGAGUUGUGUCAUUGAAAGAGAUUGUAAAAGCAAACUAUUAGGCCAUUUUCUUCCCCAAAAUGGUGUACCUCCACCUCCCCAAAUGCAUCCUUCCAGAAAGACUUAUACAUUAAAGAGAGCAAUGUUCAGUACAUUUCAAGGAUAAUUUCUGU